AGUAGGGUCCGGGUGAGCAGAUUUCCUUAUCCGGGGAUCGCAGGCGGGGCGGCCAUUGGCUCCCAGGAUCACGUGGGGCCCUAACUUUGUUCACUUGACAGUAAGUAGGAGGGCUUUCGGAAACAGGAAAACGAGUCAGGGGUCGGAAUAAAUUUUAGUAUAUUUUGUGGGCAAUUCCCAGAAAUUAAUGGCUAUGAGUUCUUUUUUGAUCAACUCAAACUAUGUCGACCCCAAGUUCCCUCCGUGCGAGGAAUACUCACAGGGCGAUUACCUCCCCAGCGACCACUCGCCGGGGUACUACGCCGGCGGCCAGAGGCGAGAGAGCGGCUUCCAGCCGGAGGCGGGCUUCGGGCGGCGCGCGGCGUGCACCGUGCAGCGCUACGCGGCCUGCCGGGACCCCGGGCCCCCGCCGCCGCCCCCGCCGCCCCCGCCGCCGCCCGGGCUGUCCCCUCGGGCUCCGGCGCCGCCACCCUCCGGGGCCCUCCUCCCGGAGCCCGGCCAGCGCUGCGAGGCGGUCAGCAGCAGCCCCCCGCCGCCUCCCUGCGCGCAGAACCCCCUGCACCCCAGCCCGUCCCACUCCGCGUGCAAAGAGCCCGUCGUCUACCCCUGGAUGCGCAAAGUUCACGUGAGCACGGUAAACCCCAAUUACGCCGGCGGGGAGCCCAAGCGCUCUCGCACCGCCUACACCCGCCAGCAGGUGCUGGAGCUGGAGAAGGAGUUCCACUACAACCGCUACCUGACGCGGCGCCGGCGGGUGGAGAUCGCCCACGCGCUCUGCCUGUCCGAGCGCCAGAUCAAGAUCUGGUUCCAGAACCGGCGCAUGAAGUGGAAAAAAGACCACAAGUUGCCCAACACCAAGAUCCGCUCGGGCGGCGCCGCAGGCGCAGCCGGAGGGCCCCCAGGCCGGCCCAACGGAGGUCCCCCCGCGCUCUAGUGGCCUCUGCGCGCGGGAGCCACGGACCUGGGGCGGGGGAGGGUGGCGAGCGCCGGGAAGGCGGGGGAGAGAGGCGGGAGGAGACCCUGGGGCCUGGGCCUGGAGAAGCCUUCCUGCCCCCCCAACCCCCCUCUAUCUAUUUUCACGAAUAAACGCAGAGAAGGGGUCGGGGAAGCUUUAUUUAUAGAAACCACAAUGGGGAGCCGGUGGAGGCCCCCCCCAGAAGCAAAGCUCAAGUCUCUUGCUUUCUUAAAAAAAAAUAAAUAAGAGGAGAAGAAGAAGGAAGAAAGAAAAGACAGAAAGAGAAAUAGGAGGAGGCUGCACGCCUCGUUUUCAGCUGUGGCGAAGAUGGAUCCACGUUUCAUCUUUAAUCACGCCAGGCCCGGGCCCAUCCGUCUUGUUUACUCUGCCGCGGAGAGGACGGGCCUCGGCGGCCACCAUUACCUCGACACUCGGCUAACAAAUGAGGCCGCCCGCCUCCCGGCCUCUGCUGCUGCCGCUGCCGAACACAGCCCCGGAUUUUCUUUCUUUGUCCCCCAGGCCUGACACCCAGCGAAAGCGCCCUCUGAUUGCCAGAGAGCGCGGUGUGUUGGCCACGGUGACACACACACACAUAACACCUCCUCCCGGUGGCCCAUCCAGGCCCCUUUGCGGGGGACACUGACUGCACCCCGUUCCACGGCGGGGCUGGGAAGGGGAGGCAGCAGAAAGGGGGCAAGUGGAGGCUUGGGCGGCCUUGGCCACCGCAGGGAAAUUGAGCCCAAGGAGAAAGAAAGAAAAGAAAGAGACACGCAGACCGCAGACCCGGGAGGGCCUGCCUUGGGCAGGUCAAGCUGUCUCUGCAGGGUGAGGGCAUCGGAGGUCUGGGCACACCCCCCUGGCCCAUCUCCAGUUGUGCAGACGUGACCUGCCCUCCUAGGCUGAAACUGAAUGUGAAACUAGGAAAUAAAAUGUUGCGCCCUUCCCGGGUCUGGGAGAUGAUGUGCCAGAGACCUCUCCCAUAGUUGAUCAUUGUUGCAUUGAUUAUUAUUAUUAAUUAAUUAUUAUUAUUAUUUUAUGUCAUGUGUGUCCUUUCUCCUCUUCUCUUCCUGACAUUCCAAACUAGGCCCCCUUCCUAGUUCCGGGGCUGCCUGAGUCUAGAACCCUUCGUUGGCGUGAAAAUGUGUGUCCUGUACCGAGUGACAAUAGAAAUAAAUGUUUGGUUUCUUGUGA